AUGUGGGUCCCGCAGCCGGCUUGUUCUUCCGGCCUUGACAACUCUCUCGGUCCGUGGGCCGGAGAAUUGUGCCGGGGCGGAUUCGACUUUACACUUUUCUUCGAGGAGGUCAUACUAGCAGUUCCCCUGCAAUCUCUCCUCCUGCUGUUGCUUCCCACCUGUGCCUUACGCCUGGCAAGGUCCGAUGUCAAAGUCGUGCCCAGCACCCUGCGCUGGUUCAAAGCUUCUGCAUCCAUUUCUCUGGCUGCUCUAAACUUCGCUCUUCUGAUCCUCUGGAUCACUGCACCAUCAACGACUAUCACUCAUACGCGUGCAACCAUUCCCACCGCCAUCCUCAGUCUAAUUGCCUCGAUAGGAUUGGGUUUGCUAUCAUGGCUCGCCCAUCAACGGUCUGUAAGGCCAUCAUUCGUCCUGUCAAUUUACUUGUUUCUGUCAAUUCUGUUUGACACUGCUCGUGCCCGAACUUUGUGGAUGCUGGGCCCCCAUCAGACCAUACCCGCCAUCUUCACCUGUACUCUAGCUGUCAGAGCUGUCAUGAUCCUUCUAGAAUCAACAGAGAAGCGCAGGAUCCUAGUUCCAGAACACAGAGGAUACUCCAAGGAGGUCACCAGCGGCACUUUCAACAGAUCAGUCUUCUUCUGGUUGACGUCACUCUUCAUCAACGGAUACAGAAACAUCCUUCACCUAGAUGACCUCUAUCCACUGGACCCGAAGCUAGCCUCAGAGCCGCUCUACAGAAAACUCGCCGACGCGUGGGACCAAGUCCCCGACAAGACGGUUCCCGGCGCUUUGUUCAGCACCUGGCUCCGCGCCUUUGCCGGCCCUCUUUCCGCGGCCAUCGUCCCGAAACUCUUCCAGAUCGCCUUCAACUACGCCCAGCCGUUUCUGAUUGACGAGGCAAUUCGUCUUGCCAGUCAGCCGCAACAGCAGCCCUACAAUAAUCACGGUUUUGGUUUGAUAGGGGCGUACGUGAUCGUUUACAGCGGUAUUGCUGUCUCGACAGGUCAGUAUGACUGGCGCAAUCAACGUGCGGCCUCCAUGACGAGGGGGAGUACGACAGCACUGAUCUAUCGGAAAGCGUUGAGGCUGAAUUUGACGUCGCCCAACGUCAGCCCCUCGGGAGCUCUGACAUUGGUCGGAACCGAUAGCGAAACCAUCAGCCAAGGCAUCACUCAGCUUCACGAGGUUUGGAGUGGACUUCUCGAGAUUGGUAUCGGGAUUUACCUGAUUUACAGGCAGCUUGGUGCUGCCUGUGCCAUGCCCGUUGCCCUCGUUUUCGUUGUCCUACUUGCCACAGCUUUCCUCGCCGUUCCCACAGGCAAAGCAUCCGCGGAAUGGAUCAAAGCCUCACAAGAUCGCGUCUCUACGACCUCCAAGACGCUGGGAAACAUCAAAUGGCUCAAGAUCUCUGGCCUCAAUGAUGUUGCCUUUUCAGUGAUUCAAAAGCUUCGAACCGUAGAGCUCGAGGUUUCCAAGAGAUUCAGAGUACUGCUGGGGAUCUCCAUGAUGUUUCUGAUCUGCACGCCGAUCUGGUCUCCAAUCCUCACCUUCAGCACAUUCGUUGCAACGGCGGCUCGAACCGGCGAUACUUUGACGAUCCAAAAGGCGUUCACUGCGUACUCUGUUUUGAUCCUUGUGAAUCAGCCAUUGGUUGGCAUCGUCAUGGGACUUCCGCUCCUGGCUUCUGCCAUGGCUUCUUUCCAGAGAAUCCAAGACUUUUUGAAUGGCAAGGAAAGAGUCGAUGCCAGACUCGCUAGCGAGGGUGUCAAAAUCGCUGGGGCUGGGAAAUCCGUGACAGAGUCCCCAAAAGCUGCUGGUCUAGGCCCAGACGUCGAGCUAUCUGACAUGCGAGAAAGUGAGCUACUAGUCGCUGAUCUAGCCCCAAACAUCAUCGCCUCUGUUAAGGGGACAUUCUCUUGGUCAGACGACUCCAAGCCAGUCAUCGAUAUCGACAACUGGAACAUCCGGGGGCGAGCUUUCACCUUGGUACUGGGCCCCGUAGGAUGCGGCAAGUCGACGCUUCUGAAGUGUCUCCUCGGCGAAUUGUCGUCUUUCGAGGGCACCAUUUUGACCAACUUCUCCGGCGUUACGUAUUGCGGCCAAACCGCGUGGAUACCGAAUGAUAACGUACGGAACAUCAUCACCGGUCAAGCCGCGUUCGAUUCGACCUGGUACCACACAGUCAUCAAGGCGUGUGCUUUGGAGCAAGAUAUCUCUAGCUGGCCGAAUGGAAACAGCACUGUGGCGGGUACGAAGGGUAUUUCCAUGAGUGGUGGUCAGAAACAUCGUCUGGCCAUUGCCCGCGCUUUGUACGCAAGACAAGAGCUGGUGGUGUUUGACGACGUUUUCAGCGGUCUAGACGCUAGCACCGAAGACAUUGUGUUCAACAACCUCUUCGGAAGCAGUGGCCUACUGCGCCAUACGGAUACGACUGUCAUUCUAGCAUCAUCCGAUUCUCGCCGAGUCCCGUUAGCCGACGACGUCGUGCUUCUCAACGAUGGGGGUCGGAUCAUAGACAACGAGAUGGCCAUGAAAGUUGGCCAAUCAACCGAAUACCCAAAUGAACAUGCCGGCAUAAGCGCCAGCGACAGCGCCGCACCGCUGCCGAUGAUUACAUCGAACGAUAAACCACCAGGUACGGUCCUCGGCCUACUCGAAGACCAAGCAGAUUCCGCCCGUCAACUCGGCGACUGGGGAAUGUAUAGCUUCUAUGCCAGGGCAGCUGGGUGGUUCAGCCUGUCGACGUUUGCUGGCGCCAUGAUUGUCUUUGCCUUUUGCGAUUCAUUUCCUGAUAUCUGGCUCAAGUGGUGGGCGGAGUCCAACGAGAAGAAGCCGAACCAAGACCUGGGCAAGUGGCUUGGUGUCUACGCGGCUCUUGGGGUCGGGUCCGUGGCUUCGGUGCUCUUCGGAAUGUGGCAGCUUUUUAUUGUCAUCAUCAACAAGUCAGGAGUCUACUUUCACGGUGUUCUACUGGAUACCACGUCUCGUGCGCCCAUAUCAUUUCACAGUUCAGUGGACAGCGGCAUCACAGUCAACAGAUUCAGCCAAGACCUCCAACUCAUCGACAUGGAGCUGCCAGCCGCAGCACUUGGCCUGGCCGUAGGCGUCGCAUUCGGCGCGGCCCGCUUCAUAGUAAUGUCCGUCUCCUCACGCUACAUGGCCGCCAUCCUCCCCUUCCUCAUCCCAGCCUUCUACGCAAUCCAGCACUUCUACCUCCGCACCUCGCGACAAAUGCGCCUCCUCGACAUCGAACACAAGGCACCCCUAUACUCCCAACUCAUCGAGACUCUCGAAGGUCUGGCCACCAUCAGGGCCUUCCGCCGGGAAGAUGGCUUUGAAAAGGUCAACUUCCACCGGCUCGACGACUCGCAGCGACCAAAGUAUCUCCUCGCGUGUCUACAAAGCUGGUUGACGUUUUCGGUUGACAUGGUGAUCGCUGUCAUCGCCGUCGUACUUAUCGUCUUGGUUACGACGCUGCGCGAACAGAUUGGGCCUGGGUUCAUUGGUGUUGCGUUGACGAAUGUGUUGGCGUUUAGCGGGUGUGUCAAGGCGAUCAUCACUUCGUGGGUCAUGUUGGAGGUCUCGCUUGGUGCGGUGGCGAGGGUAAGGAACUUUUCUUUGACGACGAGAUCCGAAGACGACUCUCGUGUGCAGCUUGCAGAACCGGAGGGAGAGUGGCCGAGUCAAGGAGCCGUUGAGCUCCGUAAAGUGACGGCGUCCUAUGCAUCAUCUGGUGCCGUACUAAAAGAUGUCGACAUCUCAAUCAAACCGGGUCAAAAGGUUGCAAUUUGUGGCCGGACAGGCAGGCAGGUGAUUCCCUUCCCCCAUCUUUACCAGUCGAAGACAUCUAACACUCCAUCCAGCGGCAAAAGCUCCCUGAUCCUUUGCCUCCUCCGCAUGAUGCAAGUUGACUCCGGCACAAUCACCAUUGACGACGUUGACAUCGCCACGCUACCCCACGAAUACGUCCGCUCCAAGAUCGUCGCGGUCCCACAAGAGUUCUAUAUCUUCGACGGCACCGUGCGGUUGAAUCUCGACCCAGGCCAGACUGCGUCGGACGAGAUAAUCAUGGCGGUGCUGAAGAGGGUGCAGCUCUGGGAUAAAGUCGAGGAGCGUGGCGGUCUGGAUGCCGUUAUUGAUGACAAGUUCUUUUCGCAGGGUGAGGCGCAGUUGUUGGUUUUUGCUCGGGCUAUGUUGAGGAAGGGGAGAGUGUUGAUUUUGGAUGAGAUUACGAGCAGCUUGGACGACGAGUCUAGCAGAAUCAUCGACGAGGUGCUGCGCUCGUGGUUCAGAGAUUGGACCAUCAUCGCUAUCGCACAUAAGCUUGAGUCGAUGAUGGACUUUGACCGAGUUGCGGUUGUCGAUUCAGGAGUAGUUGUCCAGUAUGGGGAGCCCCGCGAGCUUCUGGGAAGCGAGUCUUCGUUCAAGGCGUUGUAUGAGCGGUCAUCGGGUGUGGCACACUAG